GUGAUUUACUGCGUUCGUAAAAAAACGAGUUAACCGACCUGUGUGGAUAUUUAUCCAUUUUCGUUUGCUUGAAACACACUCCAUCGAUAGCUUGUGCCGAUGUGCAGCCAGUGCGAGCUUAAGGACAGACGGGGAGCGGAGAGAACGCCUUGCAUACCGUCCUCUAGCCGCCUCUGAAACCAGCUAACACAGCUAACACUUCACUGGAGAUAACGCUAGCUGGCUGGCUGACAGCUGGUCCGGUUAGCUCGUGCCUUUAACAGUAACGUAGCAAAGAUUUACUGGCUGAAACAAUGAGUCGUCUCUGACAUUGAGAGGACUGAGGCCCAGUUGGUUGUCACUGGAGUAACCAGAACCCGUAACUAGCAAGGUGGGUCUCUGUCGACCCUACGCUGGGGCCAUAGAAGAUAAGCGGGGGAACAGUUUUGACCUGCCAGAGCUGCCAAUAUGAUGCCGAUGAUAUUGACGGUGUACCUCAGUGAUGGGGAACAGGCUGUGACUGAGGUGCCCAUCACCCCUGAGACGACGUGCCGCGAUGUCGUCGAGUUCUGCAAAGAGCCUGGCGAGAGCGGCUGCCACCUGGCUGAGGUCUGGAGAGGCAACGAACGAGCGAUCCCCUUCGAGCACAUGAUGUAUGAACACCUGCAGAAAUGGGGGCCUCGGAAACAAGAGGUCAAGUUCUUCCUCCGGCAUGAAGAUUCACCAACUGAGGGCAGCGAUCAAGGGAGUCAGCAGUCUCAGGAUCAGACGAGCCGCAGAAGUGGAAACACUGGAGAGAAGCACAAUGAGAAUGGGGUGGGGAAUCAGCGUGUGGAGCUCACGCUGUCAGAGCUGCAGGAGAUGGCCACACGGCAGCAGCAGCAAAUUGAGGCUCAGCAGCAGAUGCUUGUUGCAAAGGAGCAACGUUUACGUUACCUGAAGCAGCAGGAGCGGCGUCAGCAGCAAACUGUUUCUGAAAGCGAGAAGCUACAGAGGCUAAAGGAACGUGUGGAGAACCAGGAGGCAAAACUCAAGAAGAUCCGGGCAAUGAGAGGCCAGGUGGACUACAGCAAGGUCAUCAAUGGCAACCUGUCUGUAGAGAUUGAGCAAGUUAGCGGCCUGUUCCAGGAGAAGCAGGCGGAGUUACAGGCGGCUGUGCUGAGGGUGGAGCAGCUCAGCCUGCAGCUGGAGGACCUGCGGAGGGGGAAGCUCAACGGCAUACAGACCGCAUUGGGUGGCCAAGUGACCGGCACUGCAGCCCUAGAGCUCCGUAAACUCUAUCAGGAGCUUCAGAUUCGGAAUAAGUUGAACCAGGAGCAAAACAGCAAGCUACAGCAGCAGAAGGAGCUUCUGAACAAGCGCAACAUGGAAGUGACGCUCAUGGACAAGCGCAUCAGCGAGCUGCGGGAACGCCUCUACAAGAAAAAAGCUGAGGCACGUCAAAAAGAGAACCUCCCUCUGAACAGAGCCAAUGGGCCUCCCUCUCCCCAGCCAGCUCCUGGGACCCUGGGCCGCGUUGCUGCAGUUGGACCGUACAUCCAAGUCCCUGUACCGGGUCGUCAGGAGGGAGGCUACACCAUACCACCUGAUCCACUGAAGCCUCAGACUCUGGGUGUCAAUAAUCAAGCCAACCAUGGCCGCGCUAAGUCAGACGGUGUGCGAAAGCCUCCCGGCCCUUGGAAAGUGUCUGAUUUAGACAUCGUUGUGGACCCGGUACCCCCGUCCCUUCCAGAAUCACACCCGGGCACCGGAGCCUCCACUGGCUCUGACGGCACGUCCCCUAAUGACACUGGUUGGCCUACAGUUGGCAAGACCAACACAACUCUAAAGCCUCCUGAGAGAAGAGACUCAGGGACUGAUAUCCAGGGCAAGAGCCCUCCCUCAGGCUCCCCCGGCGCUCCAAGUGCAGAAAAGGUGCUAGAUACCAAAAUGGUCGUCUCCUCCCCUGCCAUAUCCAAGCCCCAGCCGCCUCCCUAUGGCUCCCACCUCACCUCCGCAAACUCAGCCAGCUCCUUGGAUCGCCGCAAGGAUGCGCCUCCUCCUCCUCGCCCACUCCCAAACCCGCCAGCUCCCGCUUGGCCUCGCGCCCCCCCCUCAACAGGCUCAUCCUCGCAGCAGAUCCAGCAGCGUAUCUCAGUGCCGCCAAGCCCCACCUUCCAGCCUAAUACGCCGCUUUUCCCUCCCGGGCUGAGCGAGCGACUCGAUCCACCGCCAGCUGUGGCAGUACGCCCCUUCAUGCCAGACAGAGGGUCGCGGCCUCAGUCGCCCCGUAAAGGUCCACCUACCAUGAACUCCAGCUCCAUCUAUCACAUGUACCUCCAGCAGGCAGCGCCAAAGAGCCAGCCACUCAAGCCUGCUCUCAAAGCAGUAUAUGGGAAGCCUGUUCUCCCCUCCAGCUCGACACCCCCCUCGCCCCUGCCUUUUGUUCAGGCGGGAGGGGCCUUCCCAUUGCUACAAGGCCAACCCACCGGUGAGGACUCUCUGGACGGAGAAUUUGACGAUCACGAGGCCUUCCAGCACCUGGAGCCCUCAGCGCCGCCUCCCAGUGUGGAGAACAUCCCACGACCACUCAGCCCUACUAAGCUAACACCCAUGGUACACUCCCCGCUGCGCUACCAAAGUGACGCUGAUCUUGAGGUGCUCCGUAAAAAGCUGGCCAACGCUCCAAGACCCCUCAAGAAGCGCAGCUCCAUCACAGAACCAGAGGGUCCCAGUGGACCCAACAUCCAGAAACUGCUCUACCAGAGAUUCAACACUCUAGCAGGAGGAAUAGAGGGAAAUGGAGUCAGUGGAUCAGGAGGUGGCAACGGUGCAGGUAGCGGAACACCGUUUUAUCAGCCAGCUAAUCCUCCUGGGUAUCUGGGAGGUGACUCUGUGGCAGAUACAGACAAUGGCAACCUCCUCUCUGAGACGCCACUACCGCCACCACCUGGGGCAGAGGAGCUGGGCUCUGAGGCUCCACCUCCAUCUACUGACGCCAAUGACAACGAGCCACUGCCCUCGCCACCAGAAGGGCUGGGCGAUGCCGCUGAAGCAGAAGGACCAGAGGACGACAACAACAACAAUGUGGGAAGUUCUGAGGCGUCGCUGCCCAGCCCUGUGCUGGAGGUCACCACUCCAGAGGAGAGUGGCACGGUGGUCUCACAGCCCCUGGAGAAACGCACAAACCUGAAGAAGCCAAACUCCGAGCGCACUGGUCAUGGGUUCAGAGUGAAGUUCAACCCUCUGGCCCUCCUGCUGGACGCCUCAUUGGAGGGAGAGUUUGACCUUGUCCAGAGGAUCAUCUAUGAGGUGGAGAAUCCAAGCACUCCCAACGAUGAGGGCAUCACACCCCUGCACAAUGCAGUGUGUGCGGGGCAUCACCACAUAGUCAAGUUCCUGUUGGAUUUUGGUGUGAAUGUCAAUGCUGCUGACAGUGAUGGAUGGACUCCACUUCACUGUGCCGCCUCCUGUAACAGUGUUCAUCUCUGCAAGCUCCUGGUUGAGUCGGGAGCAGCCAUCUUUGCAAGCACUAUUAGUGAUGUGGAGACCGCUGCAGAUAAGUGCGAAGAAAUGGAAGAGGGCUAUAUUCAGUGCUCCCAGUUUCUAUAUGGUGUUCAGGAGAAGUUGGGGGUCAUGAACAAGGGGACAGUGUACGCUCUGUGGGAUUACGAAGCUCAGAACCAGGACGAGUUGUCGUUCAGCGAGGGGGACGCCGUCACCAUUCUGCGACGACAGGACGACAGUGAAACAGAGUGGUGGUGGGCGCGACUCGAAGACAGCGAGGGCUACGUGCCCCGCAACCUGCUGGGGCUCUAUCCUAGGAUCAAGCCUCGUCAGCGCUCCCUGGCAUAGUGUCUCACUCCACUGACCUCUGGCUAACAGCUGGACUAGUGACAAAAACCAAGAGCAGAGAACAAAGGAGCCUGGUGCUCCGUCUUCUCCCCGUGGCCAUAACCUCUCCUGGCCUUGUGCUUCUUACAAAAUCCCUUUUCUCUGAAGCAGUGGGCACUGAACUGUGACACACAUAUUUACAUCUGCAUCUCUUAAACCACUCCAACAACC